UAGAGUUUUAGCGCAGUCUUGCUUUUUCAUAGGCGUGUGUCAACUGUGUGUGCGCCGAGGGGUUUACCGAUGCGAUUAACGAAGAAAACAAACCUAUUGGGGAAACGCUAAACAAACCAUCCGAUUUUCUGUUCCGUCUGUGUUUUAAUACGGACGAGCUUCGAGCCUGCGAGGAAUCAGCGUCCUGUACACGCACACAAAGGAACAUUAAAAGAAACAAAGGUGAAUUGUGAAAUGCUUCAGCUUCCUCCAGCACUAUCAGACAAUUGAUACACCUUGAUCACAUGACUGAAGCUCUUCUGUCAGAUUGAAUCAUCUUUUGAGGAUCUAGACUGCCAAGAUUUUUCCCUUUUGAAGGUGUUGCCCCAGUUCCCUCCUCAGCGACACCCAUCUGAGGUAAAGCGGGACCACAUAUCCUCAGAUUCCCCUACUGGUCGUCUGCUCAAAGGACAACAGUAGCGUUUGCUUCACUCUGGGUCAUGCUGUGUGGCUGAGUUCUAUGCUCUUGCUGAAAUGAGGUUGGUGGUUUUGGGGUCGCGGCCCCUCUUGGCCUUGACCCUCACGCUCACCUUUACCUGCCUAACUCACCUGUGCCAUGGUGCCACACCCUUUCCUCAGGACCUGGAGCCUAUCAGCACCGUUGGUAGUGAACACACCUACCUGUACCCCAGUUUCCAGGGGAAUAUGUCCGAUAACGACACUGCCAGACUGGGGCUGGAUUUUCAGAGGAUGCUGCGGAUUAACCACAUGCUCUACAUUGCUGCCAGAGAUCACGUUUUUGCCAUUAACCUCAGCGCUUCAGCGGAGCGUCUCAUCCCCCAACAGAAACUGACAUGGAAGACAAAGGAUGUGGAGAAAUGCACAGUCAGGGGGAAAAACAGCGAUGAGUGUUACAACUACAUCAAAGUGCUGGUGCCACGUAAUGACGAAACCCUCUUUGCGUGUGGAACCAACGCGUUCGAUCCCACCUGUCGCAACUACAAGAUGUCGUCACUGGAGCAUGACGGAGAGGAGGUGGUCGGUCAGGCCCGCUGCCCUUUCGAAUCACGCCAAUCCAACGUUGGCCUGUUCGCCGGCGGUGACUUUUAUUCUGCUACGAUGACGGAUUUUCUGGCGAGUGAUGCAGUGAUUUAUCGAAGUUUGGGAGAGAGCAGUCCUGUCCUGCGCACAGUCAAAUACGACUCGAAAUGGCUACGGGAGCCUCAUUUCCUGCAUGCUAUCGAGUAUGGAAACUACGUGUACUUCUUCCUCAGUGAGAUCGCAGUAGAGUACACCACCCUUGGCAAGGUGGUGUUCUCCAGAGUCGCACGCGUGUGCAAGAACGAUAACGGCGGUUCUCCGCGAGUUCUAGAGCGCUACUGGACGUCUUUUUUGAAGGCCCGAUUGAACUGUUCAGUUCCAGGCGAUUCCUUCUUUUACUUCGAUGUUCUUCAGUCGUUAACCAACGUCAUGCAGAUUAAUCACAGACCUGCUGUGCUGGGGGUCUUUACCACUCAAGCCAACAGCAUCACUGGUUCUGCUGUGUGUGCGUUCUACAUGGACGACAUCGAAAAAGUGUUUAACGGGAAAUUUAAAGAGCAGCGAAACAGCGAGUCGGCCUGGACGCCAGUUCCUGAUGAGAUGGUGCCUAAACCAAGACCAGGAUCCUGUGCUGGUGAUGGCCCUGCUGCUGGUUACAAGUCCUCAACAAAUUUCCCAGAUGAGACUCUUACAUUUAUUAAGUCAUACCCACUAAUGGACGAGGCCGUACCGUCCGUCAACAACCGACCAUGCUUCACACGAACCACAAGCAGGUUUAAGCUGACCCAGAUCGCAGUGGACACGGCAGCUGGUCCUUAUAAAAACUACACGGUUCUGUUUCUGGGCUCGGAGAAUGGGCGAGUUUUGAAGAUUCUUGCCAGCACACACCCAAACUCCACAUAUAGCACCCAGGUCUUGGAGGACGUAGAUGUGUACAACCCGAGCAAGUGUAAUGUGCAAGGUGAGGACCGGAGGAUUCUGGGAUUGGAGUUGGAUAAGGACCAUCACGCCCUCUUUGUGGCCUUUUCAAACUGCGUAAUCCGCGUUCCUCUCAGUCGCUGUUCUGAUUAUGGUGUCUGCAAAAAGAGCUGUUUGUCCUCGCGAGACCCUUACUGCAUCUGGCUGAGUGCGGGGAAUUGUGCCACCGUGGCGCCUGGGCUAAAGUCUGGAUUUGAACAGUAUGUCGAGAGUGGAUAUCUUCAAAACCCAGACAGCUGUCAUGAUGUCUUGGCCACGACCCGCAAACAGAACCCCGCUGUGGACUCAGCAUAUGGAAAGACCUCACCCACAAUCGCCACCACAACCAAUCAGGGGCCAGCUCUGCCUAAAGUCAAAGGUGUCCCUGAGACAGGUACCCACCCCGAGGAGGGGAGGCGGGGAGGGCAGGGCUCUCCUGAGUUGGAGCCAAUCAGUGUGGAGAUGGAGGGAGUGCGGCGAAAUCCCGAGGCAGAUAAGUCCAACCACAGCGUUCACUACACUCUGCUGAUUGCGUGUGUACUGGUGGCGUUCGUCCUUGGCGCUUUCCUCUCCGGAUUCCUCGUUUCCUGUUAUUGCAACCAUAAUGUUAACAAGACCAAGAGGCUGUCGAAAGACCCCGAGGCACCGAUCCCCCACGCUCUGUCCCUGCGCAGCCUGGCCAGGCUAAACGGCCUGCUGGAGGGUCAAAAUAAGGAUGAGAUGCUAGAAGUGUCUUCGCCCAAACUCUACAACGCUUUCUUUGCCAAUGGCAAAGAGCAGGCACACCAUAGGAACGCCCACCAUGCUGCCAUGACGGAGCUCAUUCAUCCACAUCACCAUCAUUCUGCCGAGCUCUCCGGCCUGCCCACGCCCGAUUCGACACCGGAGCUUCCUAUCAAGAGCAUGAAGGCCUUCAAGAACCAAUGGGAGAAGAAUCAAAACUGCAAUAAUGCUAAAGAACCCAAGUCGCAUAAUAUGGGCGCAUCUCGGUCAAGCUCUGCUAUCCAGCAUCAGAUGUUUCCUUUCUCCCAAGGUCUGACCAAUGGACAGGUACUGGGUGGCUCAGCGCACCUCGAGGAACGCAAAGUGCACAAUGCAGAACGUGUUGUAAAUCAGCCGUACCACUGUUACCCGCACAAGAUCGUGGACGUUACCUCCCUCGACGAACUUCUGAAACACAUCCACGAAAUCAACGUGGCCACUAGUAAAAGUCCUACCAUCCUCACCUCCUCCAUGUCGGCCCACAGCGGUCAGAUGGCAUUCGCCAACCGCGUCCAGCCUCAAAUACCGGAAACGGAGUCGGCGCCGUAUUACAGCUCCUCCACGCUCCCUCGGGACAGCCUCACCCGUCGCAUGGACGUCCCACCUGAAAUCCCUCCCCAUCAUCAGUCCACACUGGAGAGAGUGUCCCGUCACGCAUCUCAACGCCACUCGUUAAUAACCACCCCCAAGAUGCACAGCGGGGGCGUGGUGCCACGGCAACACAGCUUCAACCAGCGCAGCCCCCAUCAGCCCCUCCUGCUCUCCCGCAUGAACUCCAGCGGCAGCAGUUCGGGUUGUGACGUACGGCACCCGCUCAUCCCUAACGGAUAUCUAACGCGUCAGCACAGUUACAGCGAGCAGCAGGAUGUUCACCGUGGAGCGAUCGUCCGCCGGACAGCCUCGCUCAAGCCUGACGUCCCUCCCAAACCGCUGUUCAUCCCUGCCAGCUCACCUGUCAACCAGGCAGGGAAGUUCAACUACUGAACGAUAAGAAAGAAAAGCCUGUGGUUUUUCGUGGAAAGUUCUCUCAACCUAUCAGAGCUAAACAUGGUCAACGAGGAUUCAAGGAUAAAAGAAAAACUGCCUUUAUCGGAUACAGAUCCUCUAAAGAUUGACUGCCAGUGUUGUCAACUUCACAUUAGAACUAUGACCUGUUUUUCUGUUUCAUUAAUAUAUUUGUACCAUAUUGGUAUUGCUCAGCUAUUGGCCAAUAGGAGGGGAGGAGUUUCAAGAGUCCACGCCCACCUAGAUUUAGCCUGCCACAGUAAUGAGUGUGUGGCUUUGUUACUUUGGAUCAGUGUUACUUUGGAUCGUCUAGACAGUAACCUACUGAUCCUGGAGUUCUGGACCUGAAUUUGAAUCCAAAUCAGCAUACACACCUUUGAUACUGAUGUUGCUUUGGCUUAACUAUUCUGUUCAUGUAGAGUUGAUGAACUUUGCUGAUCCCAAUUACAAACGUGUAUAUAUGCAUGUGUGUGUGUAUAUAUACAUAUAUGUGUGUGCGUGUGUACGGGUGUUCAUAUCUGCACAGAAUAUGUGGACACACACAUACCCAGUGUAUGUAUCUAGAAUAUUGAAAUGGUUCAGCCCCUCAAAGUUUCUUCGCCUUAUUUGCAAACACAACCAAUGAAGAGUUCUCUGUCAAAUCCAUAAGCAAUAAGCUCCACCCCAUCCUUUCCACUCCAGUGUAAUGCAACUACAAGAAUUAUAACUCGGUAUGGUUAAAAUGUAAUCUGUGGAUAUAGAUACGGUUUCAUCGCAGUGCUUAGUCCCCAAUGAGGUGAAUUGGUCUUACUGUCAUGAAGGAAAUGUAUAUACCUUAGAAGAAUGUAUUGCUGCAGAAUUGGCUCGAGGUGCUCAAGUAUUUACCCUCGGUGUCCUCUGAUGUGAUCAUCCAAGUUCGUUUUUACCCUUUUUCAAAAGAAUCAUCUAACAGUCUUAACCAGGUGUGACACAAUAAUAGUUCUAUCAAAAUCUUGAGUUUUUAUCCUAACCAAGCGAGUGAGUUUGCUUCCUUGUUUCUGUUUCUGUGGUGAUGUGUUGGAUAGCCCCGCCCACUACGGAGCCCCGACCCACUGCGCCACAUAACUGUAUUUUACACUUCAAAAUGUCUUUUGAUUGGUGGUGACCAAUUAAAGCAGGCGGAGAAGUUGUAAAUGUGUCACGACUGGCUAAGACGAGCCAAAAAAGUCCAGAAUAAAAUGAUUUUCAACUAUUGCCCUGAGUUAUUCUUAUAUGUUAAAACGAACGUUGUAUCAAUGUUAACACUACAACUGUUUUGUGUACAUAGAUAUAAAAAAUAACUAGCCAAAUUUUUAUUGUUUGUGUAAAUUUGUGCCUUAUUUAAUAUGAUGUGUUGGGGGGUUGGCGGCAGAGGGGGCGAGGGGUCAUAUGGAAAGAACAGGGCAGAGAAGCCGUCAUUAUAUUUUUAUUUUUUAAUAUAAGUAUUUUUUUUAGUUUGGUUGUCUGUAUGUGUCAUAACUGUUGUAGAUAUAUAUUUCUAGAUACUUUUGAUAUCCCCAGGCUGUGUGAGGCUUUUGCAUUUGGAUCAGCAUCUAUGUAUGUAGUUUACCUCUAUCUUUAUUUCUCCCUUCAUUCUUUCUUUCUGUCUUUCUUUCUUUCUUUCUUUCUUUCUUUCUUUCUUUCUUUCCUUCUUUCCUUCUUUCUUUCUUUCCUGAUGCAUUUAAACUAAACAGUAAUCGAUGUCAACAAUAAACUCCUGGGUCUUUCCUAAAUUGUAUAAUGCAAGAUAUGUGAACUUCUACACUCCAGCGUAUCUUCACAUCUUCGGUUUAAUAGCGAGAGGAAGACUUCUUAGGAGGAGAGACGCGUGUGUGGGUGUCUGUGUGCGUGUGUGAUCCGUGAGGAGUCGGCUGUAGUUCAAACACCUCCCUUUCCUUUCCCCCACUACUUUAGUAACUCUGCUCAAACUCUUCAUCUUCUUCCUCAGUCUGUCUAAGACUCUAUGAUGUGUCGGCUUUUGCAUAAAUUCUUGGUGCUGGUCUGAAGUACAGUUUUAUCACGUACACUUGAAUGAACCUUUUAAAUUGGCUGCCUGUAACUGUGUGCUCUGUCGCCCCGUUCAAAACCAAAUGCAACAUUGCAUUUUAAAGAACUGCUACUGCAUCAUAUGCAUUACAGAUGAAAAACGGACUGAGGGUUCAACGGCUGCUCUGCCCUCUGCUGCAAACUGGAGUGCAGAGACUGGUGCAGGAGUUUCUGGGAGGAAUGAGGAGUAGUUUCUUUGAAUUUCUGUAGGUAUUCUGAUGGAAAGGGAACUGCGCGUGUCUGUUUUACCUGCUUUAACCAUUGAGGUUUCUGUUAUUGCACAGUGUAAAUACAGUCCUGGAGUUUCCCAGGAUUCAGUGCUCUGUUAUGAUUACUAUUGGGCAAAGCCCCAUGGAUUCUCCACCCCUGCUUUUAUGGAAUACUGUUGUAUUUUCCUUAUAACAGAAAUAAAUGAGACAUCAUAACAUGCA